GUUUCACUCAUCCCAGCGGUCGACUGCUGCCGUCUUUGUUGCUUGAUAGCUCUGUGUCUGGUUUUCCCUCGCCAGCACACGUCGCCGUCCGCCAUGGACGUCAAUCAGGUGAGUUCGGACACUCGAGGGCUCAGAGGCUCAGAGGGCAGAGCAGAGGAUGACACACGCACGAACAGAAGCACGCCACCAUCCUCCGAUUUCUCCUCUUUGAUGUGUUCGGUUCUGUCUGCGUUCAGUUUGUUGCGAAGGCCCGUGCCGUGAAGGACAGCUUGGCGCUGCUCCUCGACCAAGAUCCCGCCACCAUCGCCGCACAGGUCGGCAACACUCGCUGAUGGAGAGGCCUGGAUGACAGAGGGGCCGCCCACUGUGUCCUUGGUUGAUGCAGGCGUCGUCGCCGGUGGGGUUGGCGUUGAGUUAUCAGCUGGGUUCCGUGGCCUGCCUGCUGGAUACUCUUCCCCUGAAGCUCCAGCAGAGAGAGCCCAGCCUCGCCAGUGCUGUAGCUGUAGAUGCACACACCUCGACCACCGAGGUUGCCGCUGCAUCGGGAGCGUCAGACACAGAGCCACAGGUGGGGUGAAGUGUGUGGCCGUCCAUUGCCAUAUGUGCAUAGAUCCGCCCUCUGGCUUGUUGUGGCUGUCAUGUUGUCUUGUUGCAUUGCAGGCGCCUGUGGUGAGUGGUCCAUCGUAUCGUCUGAUCCAUAGAAGCGGCAACCCUCCCCCCGUCAACCAAGGACCGGUAAGAACUGAGAACGACACCAUGAUACAUCUAAACCAUCUUGACCUUUGUGUCAUGUUGGUUGUCACAUCAGGCCCGUCGUCGGCUGUCGCGUGACGUGUUGGCCAACGUGUUCGGCCACCUGCAGCCUUGGGAGCUCACCCGCUACCGCCGGCCCCUCGGCACGCCCCUCUUCCAUCAGUCGGCCGCCAACUACACCAAACUGGUCAUCGACUGUGAGGACGACACGGCGCGGCAGAUGUGGGAGACCAUGCCCCUGGCCGUGGCACACAGAUGGGGCAAGAGGGCGACCAACGUGCGAGAGAUCAAGCACCGCCACCCCGAGUGGCGAGGCGAAUGGUGCCGCGGCACCUGGGUGGCCCUCGUGGAGGGUCAUGGGAGUGGCCGGGCGGUCAUCGCAGACAAGAAGCGACGGGAGAGGGAGGGCGGGGAGGGCACAGCUGACGCUGCGGCGAUGCGAGACGGUGACGACCCCAGAUCGGCUGACGAGGGCACAUUGGAGGUGUUGCCAUUCGAGGAGGUCAAGCUCGACAAAAGCGUUGACAUCAUCGACCCUCGCCCCUCAUAUCGUCUGCCCCCCGCCCCCGCCGGCCCCAUCCACCUGCCGGCACUCAAGACGGUCGACAACAUUAGCAGCGAGUGCCUGUAUGCUCGCGUGGGUCGCCAGUGGCGGACGCCCGCUGUCAAGACGCUCACCAUUCGAGGCGAUUUGCAUGAGUCAGAGGUGGAGGGUGCGAGGGCGUGGCUGGGUGACUGUGAGGCGAUCGAGGUGCUGGACGCAGACGAGGUGGCCGGUGUGCCAGCCAGUGUGCUGAGUGCGCUGCCCGCCGACGGGAAGUCGCUCGCGGCGCUUCGCACACUGCGCGGCAUCCGGCUGCUUGUUGGUACCCCCGCCGAGAUCGACAGGCUACGUGAGGUGCUGGUGGCGAGGGGCGUUCGGCGGUCCAUUCGCGAGCUCAAGAUCGUGUGGAACACACUGAGCAACACAGACGAGGACUGGGAGAGACUGCAGAAGACCGCACAGCUCGUGUAAGGACACAUCAGAAGGGAAAGGGGUCAAGCCUAGAUGCGCUGCGUCUUUUGGUGGUGCAUUUCUGCAGUGACGCCGUCGCGCAUCCCGAGGCGUUGUCGGGCCGCGUCGUGCGCAAGAGCUGGGGGUGUGGACACAUCGACGCCGAGUUCCUCUCGCGCACCAGCAGCGCCGGCAGUCCCACCAUGCAGAGGAUCGUCGAUGAAUUCGCCAAGACAGCCGACACCGUGAAAUACAAGGGAGGCGACGAGCCCGUCCCUGCAGCCAUCACCGACGACACAUUCCCCGCCGCCCACACCCUGCAGCUGCUUGGCGGUGCCCUUGCCGAUGACGCCAAGGAAGAGCGAGCGAUCGAGAUCGCCUCCCACAUGCCCAGCCUUGCGCGCAUCGAUGUAGGAGACGCAAUCUACGGAGCGCAUCUGGACGCGCCCGCUGAUGAGGUGUGGGUGUUCCUCGAGAGGCUACAGACGGCGCUGGUCAGCAGGGAGCGGGAGAAGAGCCUUUCGGUGGGUCUCGGUCUGCCGGCGAGUGCAUUCCUCGAGCCCCUGAGCGACCAAGAGAGUCCCUGUCUGUGGGGGCGGGACAGCAAUGACAAGCUGCCGCCGAUCAAGGACGUGGCGAUCAACGUGUUUGGUGAGGGGAGAUAGGAGGAAAUGGACAACCAGUACGCAUGGCGUCUCAGUGUAUUGUGUCUGUGUUCAUGUGCUUCAGACGAUGUAGCGGAUGCAGGCGACCUGGAGACCUUCUACCAGCACGCGAUGGCCUCGGUGGCGUCAUUCAGCAACGAGCUCAAGGUGGGCCUCACACAACCCACACACAGAUGAUUCACUGCCGGGCGAUAUGUGUGUGCCCACUGUCAUGUUGGCUGAAUGAAUGACAGGGUCACAAGAGGACCGGAGUAUACUUUCACGAAAGUACUGAUCUGUGCCAGGACUUCGAGCGGCGUUUUGUGGCUGAGCAGGGCGGCCUCAACUUCGCUGGCGGGCCGUACAAGUUCAGCUUCGUUGAUGACACUUUCUCAGCGCCUCACCUGUUGGUCGAGCGCCGCACGUGACCCUCUAGGUGAGGACACCGAAGGAGAUUGGCAAGAGGGCGGUCAGCCCCUGUCUGUCUCCCUCCCUCCCUAUGUGUGUUGUCAGAUCUGACGGCAGCUGUGGGUGCUGGCCUGGAGGGGGAGAUGCUGCACGAGGGAGCAGCUGGUAGCGGGGUGUACAGAUGGAGGAUAGACAGACCGACCAACAGACACACAGACAGACAGACACACAGACAGACAGACAGACAGACAGACAGAUAGACAGCAUAGCUGGACCGAGGGGGCAGGGCCCCUCGGUCCAGCUAUGCUGUCAUGGGCGGGCCGGGCGGUGGCAGCUGCUUAUGGAUGGGUAGAGAGACGUUCCUCCCUCAUUCAUUCAUCCAUCCACGCUGGUUGGUGUGCGUGGGCAACUGCAGUGGAAUGGAUGUGUGCGUCAGUGCGGAUCGGUCCCACUGCCUGCCUGCCUGGGUGGGUGGGUGAAGUGUUCUUUUCUCGCUUGCUGGCUCCCUCCUGUCUGCAUGGCUUUUGCGUUGUCUGUCUCAUGGUAUCUCAGCGGCGGCUGUCACGCACCAGUGUCGGGUGUCAUUGUGUGACUAUCUGGUGACCGGUUGGAUACGGGUGCUGCAUUCCUACAUGAUGAACACUGGCUGAAUUCAUG